UGGCCGCCGUGGUUCUACUGGGGCAGGGCAGGUCAGCACAGGCCACUGUUCCCCAAAAUUCUGGAGACAUGUGUACGUGCUCGAUGUCCUCCUGCGAUCUGGAAAGGUUUGAAGUCCAAAGCCCGCCCGGCCCAGGCGUUUCAGAUAAGGGACUGCGGACCAGCGUGAAGACGGGUGCAGCCGCUCUGGGAAGCUUCACGAAGGCAUCAAACAUUCAGGGCAGGGUCCUGCUCCUGACCAUCUGUGCGGCUGGCAUUGGUGGGACUUUUCAGUUUGGCUACAACCUCUCCAUCAUCAAUGCCCCGACCUUGCACAUUCAGGACUUCACCAAUGAGACGUGGUGGGGACGGACCGGCCGGCCACUGCCCGACCACCUGGUUCUGCUUGUGUGGUCCUUCAUCGUGUCCCUGUACCCCCUGGGGGGCCUCUUUGGAGCGCUGCUUGCAGGGCCCCUGGCCAUCAAGCUGGGAAGGAAGAAGACCCUCCUGGUGAAUAACAUCUUCGUGGUGGCUGCAGCGGUCCUGUUUGGCUUCAGCCGCAGAGCAGGCUCCUUCGAGAUGAUCAUGCUGGGAAGGCUGCUCAUGGGAGUCAGUGCAGGUGUAAGCAUGAACGUCCAGCCCAUGUACCUGGGGGAGAGCGCCCCCAAGGAGCUCCGAGGAGCCGUGGCCAUCACCUCAGCCAUCUUCACCGCCCUGGGGAUCGUGAUGGGUCAGGUCGUCGGGCUCAAGGAGCUCCUGGGGGGCCCGCAGGCCUGGCCCCUGCUGCUGGCCAGCUGCCUGGUGCCCGGGGUACUCCAGCUGGCCUCCCUGCCCCUGUUCCCUGAGAGCCCACGCUACCUCCUUAUUGAUUGUGGAGACACCGAAGCCUGCCUGGCAGCUCUGCAGCGGCUGCGGGGCCCCGCGGACGUGGCGGGGGAGCUGGCCGAGCUGGAGCGGGAGCGCGCCGCCUGCCGGGGCCAGCGCGCGCGGCGCCCGUGGGAGCUGUUCCGGGAGCGCGCCCUGCGGAGGCAGCUGACGAGCCUGGUGGUGCUGGGCAGCGCCAUGGAGCUCUGCGGGAACGACGCGGUCUACGCCUACGCCUCCUCUUUGUUCCGGGAGGCGGGGGUCCCCGAGGAGAGGAUCCAGUACGCCAUCAUCGGGACCGGGAGCUGCGAGCUGCUCACGGCCUUUGUCAGCUGUAUGGUCAUCGAGAGGGUGGGCCGGCGCGUGCUGCUUAUGGGGGGGUACUGCCUGAUGACCUGCUGCGGGAGCGUCUUCACGGCAGCCCUGUGCCUGCAGAGCUCUGUCCCCUGGAUGCCCUACCUGGCCAUGUCCUGCCUCUUUGCCUGCAUCCUCAGCUUUGGCAUCGGCCCCGCUGGAGUAACAGGGAUCCUGGCCAUGGAGCUGUUUGACCAGACGGCCCGGCCUGCUGCCUAUGUGGUCUGUGGGGCGCUCAUGUGGACCAUGCUCUUCCUGGUGGGACUGGGGUUCCCCUUCAUCAUGGAGGGCUUGUCCCACUUCCUCUAUGUGCCUUUCCUCGGUGUCUGUGUCUGUGGGGCUGUCUACACUGGCUUCUUCCUCCCUGAGACCAAAGGCAAGACCUUCCUGGAGAUCUCCGAGGAAUUGCACCAACUCAACUUCCCCAGGCGGAGCCAAGGCCCCAUCUCGAGGGUCCCAGAGGUCAUCCUGUCCACAGAGCUGUAGCUCUGCAGGGGUGGCCAGGGCCCAGAUCCAGCUGCUUCUCUUCCCUUUGCUCCUACUGAGGGUCUGGCCCUUUCCAGUCACAGCUCCU